ACUGCAGCCCAACUCCACGGUUUUAGUCUUUCUUCUGCAAACAAAAGAGGAAAUAAAAAAAAGGAGAACAAAAUCCAUUUCCACCCAUGGACUUGGGCUGAGACUUUUCACUUUGUUGUGAAGGAAGGAAAUGGAGGGUUGCUUGAUGAGAUGCUCUCAUGGCAGCGCUCUAUUGAAAACCCUCAAACCACUCCAUCUGAAGCUUCCCAGGAACUCCAUUCGUUGCUCUUCCAUGCCCAUACACUCUGUUAGAGGAGGAGGAAGAGGAUCUGCUCUCAAUCGCAAGGCCUAUGACGCAUUGUUGUUAGACGCUGGAGGCACUCUGCUGCAGUUGGCAAAGCCAGUCGAAGAGGUUUACGCUUCAAUUGGAGCCCAAUACGGAGUGACUGCAACUCCAGCAGAAAUCAAGCAAGGUUUCAAAAGAGCCUUUUCUGCUCCUUGGCCUCAAAAGCUUCGUUACAAGGGAGAUGGGAGACCAUUUUGGAAACUUGUUGUUUCUGAAGCCACUGGUUGUGCUGAUCUCGAUUAUUUCGAACAAGUCUAUGAGUACUAUGCCAAAGGUGACUCAUGGCGUCUUCCAGAGGGAGCUUAUGAAACAAUGGCCCUUCUCAAGGAUGCUGGAGUUAAGCUGGCUGUUGUAUCUAAUUUCGACUCCCGCUUAAGGAUGCUACUCGAAGACCUUAAUGUUUUACAUCUGUUUGAUGCUGUUAUCAUAUCUUCUGAGGUUGGGUAUGAAAAACCAGAUGCAAACAUAUUUAAACCUGCUUUAGAUCAAGUUCAUGUGGAUGCUGGCAAAGCAGUGCAUGUUGGCGAUGAUAAAAUCGCAGAUAAAGUUGGGGCCAAUGCCGUUGGAAUUGAUUGCUGGUUAUGGGGCCUGGAUGUAAAGACGUUUGCUGACAUUCGAAAUCGCAUUCUCAUCUCAGAGUCAUAGCUUCCAUAGAAGUAGAUAUACCGUAUACCACACUCCUGGGGACCUAACAUCCUGAAUCUAUGUUACAAGAAUUUAGUGGUACAAUAACCUUGAUUGCUUCCAAAAGUUUACCUUGUAUUGUAAGAUAACAUACAAUAUCACCGAAAAAAUUGUUCAAGUCAAUUUAUAAGAUUUUGUUUUAUAUUCAA